AGUGAAACUUCACAGCAUUCAGGUUGCUGCUGUUGCCGAGAUCUCUUGGUCAACAUGGGGAAGAUUUUCCAAGUGCUAGUUCUUGGUAUUAAGGGGGAGAAGAAAACGAUCGACGUUGCGCACUCUGAACCCGAAUUUCACAACACGACUGUUGCGAGUUUCAGAGAGAAAAUCGAGGAGAAAAUUCCGGAACUCAAAGGACAGAACUUCAAAAUGUUGUUCACUGAUGUGCAGCUACAGGACGACGAAACUUUCUCCAAGUACCAGAUCCAGGACCGCUCUACAGUAAUGCUGAUCGUGAGCCUGCCUGGAGGCCAGUGGGAUGAAUAGAGAGACUCCGGGUCUCAGGACUUUUAAUCGUGCCUUCCUUUCCUUUUGUUUUUCUCCUUCUGUAAAUUAAAUAUGAAGUAAAUGUAUUUUGCAUAUAUAAUUUGCAAGAAAAUUACACAGUGACGUGUUUUAACUUCGCCAGUGAGAUUGUGUGUUUAUUUUUAAACGCUGAGCCCAUCCUCUGUGUGUGUGUGUGUGUGUGUGUGUGUGUGUGUGUGUGUGUGUGUGUGUGUGUGCUUGCUUGGCAUUAAGUUACAGCCGUAAAUGUUUUAUGAGCUCUGAUCUCUUGUCACUAUGCACCAGAGCAGUCUGCUGAUAAAGCUUUCUUUAAACAUCUGAUACAGCUGACGUGAAAGUAAACAGUUUGUAACGACCGUUAGAUGUUCUGUCAUAUUUAGCAACUACUGUGUUGUGUCCACCUAUUCCUGCCCAUUUUUUAAAAAACAUGUUGUUUUGGUUUUCCAAAGUAUUUCUAUUACCACUUGAAAUGUCACCAUCUGUAUGUGCUGUUUAUAUGGGUCAGAACUUUCUGAAGACAGAGCUGAAGGGCGAUUGUAACCUUUACUUCGGAGGUAUUCAACUGCAGACCGACUCCUAGUCCUUGGUUUUGUAAUCACUGGUACUGAUGUGAAGUGUUAAUGUAAAACACCAGUGAUUACAAAAUCCUGGACCAGAAAUUGGAGUCAAAGAAAUUGGAGUCCUGGGUUGAAUAUCUAUGCUGUUCACUGAGACUGUAUCUACACUAUGCCUUCCUUCUGCACAGCAAGUCAGUCACAUGCUUGUAAAAAUGCUGAAUGGCCUUUCAGGGAAAUUUUGCCACUCAUUUACUGGAAGGAAUCUUGUUGUACAAGAAAGGGUUUGAUACAGCUUAUCAAAGUGGUUGCAUAAGGAACUGCUCACAAGCUGUUUAAGCUUAACAAUAAAUAAAAAUAAUAAAUCAUUUUUAUUCUUCAAAUGCA